GCACCGCAUGUGAGACUGCCCUGCCGGAGCAGCCAAUAGGAGACAGGGAUCCUGGAGAGGGGUGUGGUCUAGCAGCUCAUUUGAAUGGGCGAGUGAGUGUGUAUGAGAGAGGGAGAGAGCAGGCAGACUGUAUUUCUGUUCCAGUGAUUGCUCGCUUAUUCUACUACGCUCACUCGAGAGGCACACAGGAGAGAAGCAGUUGCAGGAUACCAGGGAUCUACAGCCUCAAGUUCAGCAGGCUCAUUUUGCUGCGAAGUGGAAAAACAACUAAAAGCUGACGAGUGGAGCUGGAUUCCUGCAGAGUGGAGCUGGAUUCCUGCAGAGUGGAGCUGGAUUCCUGCAGAGUGGAGCUGAGCAGCGGUGUUCAGCUCUCCCUUAGUGCCAGAUGUGCUCACGAGGAAGACUGUCACACUGAACCCAAGAAGCACCGGACAACCAGCGCAGUCCUGCUGCUGUCUGACCUCAUUCCAAACUCUUCACUCUGCGUGCUGAGGUCUACAGAGCUUUUCAACAGACUCCAGAUUAUACUAGAGACUGAUGGCCGGCAGCCAAACUGGGAGACCAGUGUGGGAGGACUUGGAAAGCUACUGGUUUAGCAGAGCUGGAGGAGGAAAUCAUUCAGCGAUAACUGGUCUGGAACUGACAGAGUUCAGCUUUCUAACAGCUGGUUUGGAUGCUGUGAUUACGGUAAAAUCCAGGAGUCCUUCACUUUCUAAUUGACUCACAACUGACCCCUCCUGACCCCUGUGCUGCCCACCUGACCAGUGCAAACACACAGCUGAGGUCUUAGAGGCUCCUGACACCCAGAGCUUAACUGGAAAGUGUCUGUACUGGUCAGUGACCAGUGAGCGCUCACACAGGCGUGAGAAUACAGAAAGGAUCGCUCCCGGACAGACAGACAGACAGACAGACAGCACCAGUAACGCAGGAGUCUGCCUGGACGGGCCUGAGCUGUGCCAGUGUGAGACAGCGCCCUUGUGUGGAGCACGACAGGAUCGCAGUCGUUUUUUAACGUUUCAUUUUCCUCGUGUUCCUAAAGUCUCACAAUGGCUGCCGGGGCCAUUCUGCUAGUCCUGUUCGCCGCCAUUAUCCACCAAUCACCCGCAGCCUCCCCUGUACAAACCACUCCCUUGUUGAACUUUGACCACAACCUCCUCUCGCCUUCCGAUCUCAGAAACUACUCCUCCGCCCCUCAGAAUUCUGACUCGGCCAAUCUGAACUCAGGGCAGCAGCCAGGCCCGCCCACCUUUCCCGUACCCGGUUGGAAUGAAGGUCCGGUAGAGGAGAUGUUACCAGAACUUCCCUUGGUGGUGUCCAGUAUAGACCCCAGCGUUACAGUGGACAACUCCAUAGUCGCUAGUGGUGACAGGGAAGGAGCUGCCAUAGAGCCCGCUGAAGAGCAGCUAACAGCCCCUGCCAUAGAGCCCGUUGAAGAGCAGCUACCAGCCCCUGCCAUAGAGCCCACUGAAGAGCAGCUGACAGCCCCUGCCAUAGAGCCCGCUGAAGAGCAGCUGACAGCCCCUGCCAUAGAGCCCGCUGAAGAGCAGCUGACAGCCCCUGCCAUAGAGCCCGCUGAAGAGCAGCUAACAGCCCCUGUCAUGGCUGCUCCUGAGCCAACUGGGGUGUCUGCUGGGGCAGGGACUGAAAAGGGUACUCUGCUGCCCCCAAUGGACAAAACUACAGCAGUGACAGCAGCGGGAUCUCCACUGAUGAGAAAAGCGGAUUCCAGGACAGCUUUCACAACUCUCAGUCCCCACAAGGAUGGCUUUACCCAGCUUCCCGCAUCUCCCAUUUCCAGUAAGGAAACUGAGAUGGAUGCAGGAAAGUUCGGAGAGGAUAAGGAAAGCACUAGCGAAACGGGGAAUAAUAGUGUGGCUCCUAAAGCCAUGACCACCCUCAGCUCUGACUCCCUCCGCGUCAAACUGGAGACACUGGACCCACUGGAGGGUCCCCAGUACCGGAAACCAGUAACCAUGGUGGUGCCGCCAUCGUCUCCCACUCCACCCACCCUCACCACAGCGUUCCAAAUGAACCUUGAUGCUGCUUCUGCUAGGACCACACCCCAGGGGUGGCCAGGGGCUGGUUUGGCAUUCGAGUCGGGCACUGACACCCCCAAAACAGCCGUGACACCCCAAACUGGGACCCUGCCAGCCCCCGCAGAAACACAAGCCCCCUCUCUGUCUGGGGCGAAUCUGGGGGUGACAGAUGGUAACAGAGUCACUCUUGCCUCUUCAGAUAGUCCUUCUACCUUCAGCAGCAGCUACCCAAGAGAAGACCCCUUUCCAAACUCAUCCUCCAAACCCCCUGCAGGUACCCCGGCAUCACCCCCCAGCGACCUCCUUCUGGUCCCCCACACCCCAAAACAGGAGCGUGUCACCUUUCCAGAUUCAGGACGCUACCUUGCCUCCUAUCAGACCACGCAAUCCCUGGUUCUGCUGAGGAACCCUCAGGGGGGUGAUGUCACAAGCACGGCUGAUGAGGUCACAAUGGCCAAUACAAACAACAGCAACAAUGAUGCUGACCACUUCCUGUCCACCAGAACAGAUAGGGAAACUGUGGGAACUCCUGCCCCCGAUGGCAACCAGACACCCCAAAACACAGUUCAAACCAAACCCCCAAAUCCCCAGGCUCUUUCAACCACCUCUUCAUCUUCCCCCGAGCAUCCCAUGACCACGGGAACAGUGAGGUACGCAGAGGGUAACACCCCCACCUAUAGGGCUACCUUGAUAGUGCAGGCUCAGGCCACCACCCCCUCCUUACUGCUGACCGGCAGGACUGAGAUGACCUCUACCCUCUCCCCCGCCACCUCCUCCACUGCUGUGCUCGAACCUAUGAAGCAGACGAGAGCGCCUAGCCAGCCUCCCCUCACCCCCCUCUCCACAGCGAAGAGGGCAGAGAAAGGUCUUACAAAGACACAGGGGGCAACCAGUGAUGACAAUGUGACAUCAUCAGCAUCACCCCAGACCCCGAUGGGGGUAAUUCCCGUGGGAGGGGCCGAGCUAUCGACAGCCAAUCACCAGUCGAGAACAGAUCCUAACAAGAGACUGAUCCCCACUCCUCCACAUAAAGGGGGCCGACGCUUCACCCCAAAAGACACCCUCCUGGUGAACGAGGCCGUGCCCCCCCUGGGACACCCGGCUGGCAGCAGCCCCCACCUGGCCAAGGUGACCCCCAGCCCACCUGCCCCGCAGCCCUGUCCUGGAGGCCUCGGAGCUUGCAGCCUGCUCCCCCUCCCCAACGGGACAUCGUCCCUGCGCUGGACGGACCUGCAGCGCACGCUGUCCUUCGCCUGGGAGAUGCAUGUCUUCGGCUCUGCGGCGCUCUUUCUUCUGCUGGCCCUGGGGGGGCUGAUAAACCUGAUCGGGACCCCUGUUCUCGAGCCCUCUGCCCGGGCUUGCCUGGGACUCAUCAACGCUCUGCUGGUUCUAGCUGGGGUGGUUCGGGGUGUCUAUUUCCUGACCGACCCCUACGGGACUAAAGACCUGCUUUCCCGGCCGGCUGUCAUAGGGCUGUACAAUCUGGGCUUUCCCCUGCUCCUCUCGGCCUUCGGGGUGCUGUGUCUGUUGGGGUACAGGACGGCCGGGCUGCAGGUGCUCCCCGAUGGCCUCCAGCGGCUGCCCCUGGCUGGGGUGGUGGCCCUCCUGCACUCCACUCUCCUCCUGGCCGUGGAUUUCCUCUUCCUUGCCCUCAACCCUUCCGUCCACGUUGUCGUGCAGGUGCUGUCUGUAUCCUGGGGUGCCUUCCUCACUGCAGGCUUCCUCUCCACCUAUCCCCGGCUGUGGAGACAGGCCGCCAGCCCCUCGCUGGAGGAACGGGGGUUUGGGACGGUCGACGGCUGCAGUAACGCGAUGGCCGUGGCCUCUGGUCUGAGCUCCAGGAGCAAGCUGGUUCUCCUCCUCUGGCGGGUGCUGGCUGUCUGCGCGGUGCUGGGCUUGCUGUGUUGUGGACUGCAGGUCUAUGCUGUCCUCUGGCUCUACGGCAUCCUGGGGGACUGGCAGCACUUCACCUGGGCCUGGUGGCUGGUCCAGUUCUGGUACCGGCUGCUGGAGCUGGCUUGGGGCUUCUUCAUGCUGGUGGUGGCUUCGUGGAUCUUCUGGCACCGGGGAGGAGAUGGGGAGGCUGGCAGCUGCAGCGACGGUCACACCUGCUGGCUGAAGAUCGUGCAGAGCUUCUGCGACCGGAGACAGCACAAACUGGACAGCAACGGGGGCAGCUCCAACGGGAUCGGGAGCAACUCCGAGUUCCCCAACAACUGGGCCUCCCAGGAACGCAAUGGGGCGGAUAUCAGCAAGAGCCUGAUCCGGAACCACCCGGAAACCCUGCCCCUGAGGACCCUGAAGGAGAGCAACGAGCGCAGAACCAGACUGGCCCUCCAGGGCGGCUCCACCAGCUCCCUGCUCUUCCACAGGCAUGGGCUGGGCAAGCCUCACAACCUGUCCUUGCUGCGGCGAUCCCACAGCACCGUGUGCCUCGAGAAGGAGUCCAUCCUCUCACUCGCGGACUUCGACCUCCGGCCCCCGUCCCCCAUCGACCUGAGCCGCAGCAUCGACGAGGCUCUCUUCAGGGAGCACCUGGUGAAGGACAGCCUGUUCAGCAGCUUCAUCCCUCACCGCUGGCUCAACACUGCGGAUUCACGCACCUCCCUGGCAGGGGAGCUGUCCUCCACCCGCACGGGCUGUGAGCCGCUGCUGCUGUCUUCUGUGGCUGCCUCGCCCCCUGCUGGCUUCAAAUACCGGCGCAGCAGCGACCCCAACUUUCUGUACAGCCUGGCAAAGGGCAGCUCGUUGGCAGAGCCUAGUGAGGAAAUGGAGAGGGAGGAAUGUGAGAAGGAGGAGAAAGAGAGGGAGACUCCCUCCCAGGGAAAACACAGCUGUACUCCCUCCAGCAGUAAUUUGACCACAGUAGCGACCACCAGCCCAGCAACAGGUUCAAAGACCCCCAUCCACUUGCCAAGGACUCCCCCCGUUAAUACUGGCAGUCCGCUCACACCUCCGGUCUCAAUCCGCUUGCACUGGACCCCCUCCAACAACACCUCUCUGGACAGCCUCUCCGGGACCUCUCUCUCUCUGCAGACUGGGCAGGGAAUCACGCCCACGGACGACCUUCGGGAGCCCUUCCUUGGGGUCAGGGUUCAGGGGUCGGAGCUGGACGACUCGGAGAGGGAGGCCAGGCGGAGCUUCCUGGAGAUCAGCCGACAGGUCGACUCGCUCAGCAUCUGCAGCGACACCAUCGACCUGUGAGCC